UUGAGUUCGCGUGUUUUGGGUGUAGAGAUUAAAGUGAAUAUUAAAUAAAAUUACAGCAUAUUUUGAAUAUUUCACAUAAAAUCAUAGCUAGAAACAUUACAGCUUACGCGUGCUUGCCUUCGAAAUCGAUAAUCUGCGAAACACAUUGUGAGGUUUUUAUUUCACGAUUUUCUACCUCCUGCCGAUGUGAACAUACUCAGUUCCUAGUUUUACUGUCCCGCUUGCUCCAUUCGUCCGGGCAGCGGAAAAAAAGAACUCCGAUUUGCUUAGACUGGGCAUGGUCUACAUUGGUUGGUUUGGUAGAAAAUUGCCAGCUUCAAUCGGAAACAGAGAGAAGAGUUCUGUGCUUCGGUUUGUAAAGUGAAAAAUGGAUAACGUAGUGCCUCCUCCGCCGGAAUUCGAUGAUCGCUUCUCGGUUCCUCCACCUCCGCCUCCCGCAGCAGUAACCCCAGCACUUCCGCCGCUGCCUGAGUUGGAAGGAGAAGUAAGUUCUACAUCUUCCGGCGGACAACGAAGGAAACCCAUCUCGAAUGAGGAGUGUCCGUACGCCAAGCGGAGAAAGAUGACAGCCUUUUUCGAGGACGACGAUCCGGACGAUGAUGACGACGGUGACGACCAACCUGAGCAUGGUAGUGCCGAGAAUUUGGCCCAAUACGAAAGACGUGACGAUUUGAAUGAGCAUCUGAGGCAGUUUCAGGUGCUGGAUGAAGUGCAGGGCGAUAACUCCGAUGAUGAAAAUGAAGAUGGACAGUUCGAUGAAGAUGGAGUCGAUAACAGUUCGGAGGGCUCUGGAGUGGACAUUGAAGAGCUGGACAAUUUGCUGGAAGAAAAUCUGCCGGAAGGAAUGAAAUCUACUGGUCCAAAAGCUAAAGCAUAUGAAGAGCGUUUCAAAGAAGUCCUUGAGGAGAAAGGCCGAAAUCAUUUCGAGGUCCUUCCGGAGGGCUGGGUUCAAGCCACUCACGUGAGUGGGAUGCCGUUGUUUUUGCACACCGCUACUAGGGUUUGUACUGCUUCUAGGCCGUAUUUUUUGGGUCCAGGAAGUGUGAGGAAACAUGAGAUACCUUUGAGUGCCAUACCGUGCUUGAACUAUAAGAAAGCACUAGAGAAGGAAGAUGAGCUUCGUAAGGAAAUUGAAGAGAAUGCUGCCGCUGCUGAAGAAGCUAAAAACAAUGCAAAUUCUAAUGAUAAGGAGAAUCAAGACUCAGAGAAGCAAAUGCACAAUCCUCAGUUGAGCAAAAUGAUUGCAAGUUCGACAACUCUGGUUGAAGCCCAGGCCAAUGCGAAGAUGCUUCCUUUGAAAGUGACUGCCCGAAUUGAGACUGUCAAUGAAAACCUGAAAGCUCAAUCGCUCACGGCCGAUGUAUUUCAAGAGUAUUGUAAAAAGCUGUUUAGGUUUAAAACCAUUCGAGUUAUGCGGUUCAAAUCUUGGGCAGCACGACGGAAGCUUACCAAACACCGUAAACAUAUGAAAAAUCUGCAAAGACCAACGCUGCCCGAUGGGACAAAACUUAUCACCUUUCCCGUGCUUCAUACCGAAACCGAAAAAGGAACCACGCAUGUUAGGCCUAAAAAGGAGUGGAUUAUGAACCCAAACGGUAAAAGUUACGUCUGCAUUCUUCACGAAUAUGUCCAGCAUGCUCUUCGAAAGCAGCCAAGCUACGAAUUCAAAGAAUUGGAAAACGCUGCCACACCUUACUCGGCGACAGUUUCCAUCAAUGAGCUAAAGUAUGGAACCGGCUACGGAACAAGUAAAAAGCAGGCCAAAAGCGAAGCUGCUCGAGAGACGCUCGAAAUUUUAAUACCCGACAUGAAAGACAAAAUCACCAGUAAGGACAGCAAAAAGGAUCAAAAUGGAGCGGCAGAGCAGCAACCGGAAGCCCGAAACCUGUCCGUGUUCGAUGAGAUCAAAAUCGAAGAUCCCAGGGUGGCGGAGUUCUGUGCCAAAACGACCGAACCCUCGCCGCAUACCAUUCUGCAAACGUGCCUACAGAGGAACUUCGGCCUAGGGGAUGUGCAGAUUCAGUACGACGUGAAGGCGGGCAAGCAUCGAAAAAACGAGUUUACGAUGACGGUUGGGAAGCACACGGCUACGGUAGUUUGCAAGAACAAACGCGACGGAAAGCAGCGGGCGUCGCAGGCAAUUUUGCAGAUUCUUCAUCCGCACAUCAAAACAUGGGGAUCGCUGCUUCGGCUGUAUGGCAACCAUUCGAUCAAGUCAUACAAGGAGAAGAAACAAGAGGAACAGGAGAUCACCGUACUGCAGAGCAAGGCAGCCAUCAACCAGCCCAACUAUGCCAUCCUGCAUAAGCUUAAGCUGGAAAUGUCCAAGCUGGAGGAACGGCAGAAAAAUGUCCGCGUUAUUGGCACGUUUGUGCCGGACGUGGACCUGCCGAUGGCGUCCGGCUCGAAUCUUAAAAAUGUGGAUCUCUAGGUGGAGGGUGCCGAUCUUAAGUAUUUCCCUUAUGCUGUAGAUGUUUUAUUUUCUAAAAAAAAAUCCUUCGAUUGUUUCCAAAUAGGCUUAGACUGAUACUACUAGAUAAAAAGCAAUGCUUUUUUCAUUGUUUCCAACUGAUUCGACGAUUCUACCAUGGUCCUUCUUUCAAUCUAGAUGCAAAUAAAAUAAAAGGUCAUAUUAUGCAAA